AUGAAACUAAAAUCAAUACUAUUUAUAGUAUUAUUGAUUUGUAUAUUAAAUGUUUUAUUAAUAAAUACUCAAUCCACAGAUAAUAAUAAUAAUAACAAUAAUAACAAUAAUAAUAACAAUAAUAACAAUAAUAAUAAUAAUAAUAAUAAUAAUAACAAUAAUAAUAAGAAUAAUAAUUAUAAUUAUGAUGAUCAUGAUGAUUCCAGCGACUAUAUAGAUAUGUACGAAAAUAAUGUUGUUGAGGAAAAUGAAAAAUUAAUAACGUUAGAGCAGUUAAGUCCAGAAACUGUCGAGUUGUUUUUAAGAUUAGUAGAAAGUGAAAUCGGAAAUAAUAAUAAUAAUAAUAAUAAUAACAACAAAAAGAAUAAUAGAGAUACUUCAUCAUUAGAAAAGCAAUCGGUUGGUAAUGAAGAACCUAAUGGCGUUAAAGAUAAUGGUGAUAAUGAAAAAUUAAAAAUACAACAGAGAGUGCAACAAGUCCAACAAAUUCAACAACAAUUUCAGCAACAGGCUCAACAAAUUCAACAACAGCAACAACAACAACCGCAACAAAAAGAAAAAGAAAAAAUUAAAGUUAACUCAAAUAUAAUGAACCAACAAUUUUUAACAAACGUAAAGCAAAAAUCAAAAAGUAAAAUGUUUUUCGGUAAAGAUGACUUUUUGUUUGGUGACAAUGAAGAUUAUGGUUUAGGGUUUGGUAUUGGCAAUAAUGACGAUGAAGAAAAGAAGCCAGUACCAGAUUAUCAAUUACCAGGUAGAGAUUUACUAAUUGAAGGUCAAAAACUAAGAGUAUCACAUAGAUACAGCAAUUCUAUAAUGUCAUAUAAUUUCGAUCAAAACGAUGAUAGGGAUAUAUUUGAAUUUUUGGGUAAAUCAGUUAAUGCAAAUCAUAAUCCAAUGAAAGCAUACCGACUAUUUGAAGAGUCUGCUGAAAGAGGAAAUCACCGUGCAAUGUACUUAUUAGGUUUAAUGAAUGAGAUUGGUGAACAUAAUGGCAUUAUCGACUUUGAAUUAUCAGAAAAAUGGUAUUUAAAAUCAGCUAGUUUAGGUAACUCUGAUUCCCAACGUGCAUUAGGUUUUAUAUAUUCAACAGGUAAAUUAGGAUAUAUCGACGAAGCUAAAGCAACAUUAUAUUAUACAUUUUCAGCAAAAUCAGGAAAUAUUGUAUCUCAAAUGGUUAUGGCAUAUAGAUAUUUAUACGGUCAUGGAGUAGAGAAGAACUGUUUGAAAUCAUCCAUACUAUAUGAAAAAGUUGCAGCCAAAGUUGUUUCAGACUACGAGCUUAGAGGAUUCGGAUAUCAAAUUCACAGCCAAAGAUUAUCAGAGGACUAUGAAAAGAAAUCAGAGUUAUAUUCAUCUGACGAAAGUGAUAUUUUAGAGUUUUUCAAAUAUUCAGCAGAAAUGGGUGAUAUAAGUUCAUUAAUUACAAUGGCAAAACUAUCAUUAGAGGGAACUAUUAUGAAUCAAGAUUUUAGAAUGGCUAUCAAUUACUUUAAACAAGCUAUUGAAGAGGAUGAAUAUGGUUUGGCUUUAGCAGAAGGUUACUCUGGUUUGGGUUUCAUGUACAAUAAAGGCUAUGGUGUUGAGCAAAAUAAUAAAACUGCUGUGCAAUACUUUACCAAGGCUAUGAACGAAGGUGACAGAGAGGCUAGAUAUCGUUUAGCCGAACUUUAUCUCUAUGGCUAUGGCGUCGAGCAAAGUACAAGCAAUGCAUUAGAGUUGUUGUCUGGUGUUAUUACAGAGGUUAUUGUCCAAGAUGAAGAGGGUGAGGUUAAGUUACCACCAAUUUCCGAGGCACUUACUUUAUUAGGUAAAAUAUAUGCAUAUGGUUUGGGAGGUAUACCAAUCGAUAGAGUUAAAGCAUCACAAUAUCUUUCACAAUCUGUAGCAUUAGGUAGCGAUGUUCAAGCUUAUUACCACUUUUCAAAGAUUCAUUUAGAGAAUGACGAAUCAUCAUGUCCAAUUGUAGUUCAAUAUUUGAAAAAGGUUGCAGAAAAAGGACCAUGGGCAAUGUUAAUAACAUCAGCACAAGAUCUUUAUGAUGAGGGCAAUACAAACCUUUCAUUGUUAUUAAAUGAAAAAGCAGCUGAAAUGGGAAUUGAAUUGGCACAGUUUAAUGCAGCUUGGUUAUACGACAAACGUUAUGGACUUUCGCAAUACUAUAAAUCUGAUGAAGAGAUUGAACGUAUAGAAGAACAGGAAUCACAUUUAGACGAUAGCGAAAAAACCACCAUUUUUAUCAACGACCUUUUUAAUGACGAUUUUUGGACACAACAGGCAUUCCGUUUGUUUUACUAUUCAUCAGAGCAACAUAAUGCAAUCUCUUACAUUAAAAUUGGUGACUAUUUCUAUUAUGGUAUUGGUAUCGAAAAGAAUUUAGAAUCUGCAGCCAACAGCUAUCAAGUCGCAGCUAAUCUCAAUCAUCCACAAGCACUAUUCAAUCUUGGUUAUCUCUAUCAAUUUGGUCAAGGUGUCCCACAAGAUCUAUUUUUAGCUAAACGUUAUUACGAUCUAUCACUCUCUAUCAAACCCGAAAAUAAUAAGCAAGGCUAUGAUGGAUACUAUGGUUACAUUCCAAUUUAUUUAUCAUUAAUUGGUUUACUAUUCCAUUUUAUUUAUUUAUAUUUAUAUUCAUUCAUUAAUCCAAAUAUCUCAAUCUCUUCAUCAACAGCAUCAUCACCCAUCGCAACAGCAACACAACAAAUUUUAAAUGCAGAUACUCAAAAAAUAGUUCAAGAAAUUAGUGAUAUUAAACCAAAAUCAAAUUUAAUCGAUAGCUUUAUUUUAAAUGAAGAUUUAAUUCAAACCAUUGAAUCUUAUAUUAUUAUAUUUUUUGUAAUUGUUAUUGGUUUUUUGGUUAUAAGAAGACAAAGGUUAAUUUUAAAUCAAAGACAACAACCACCUCAACAAUAA